GCGAGUGCGCUCUGCUUGGAGAGCGAGGCAAGCGUCGCAAAAGCGCGACGGCAGAAGGGAAGCGCUGCUGGACCAGAGUACAGUUCAGGACGACUCACAUAUUCUUGUUGUAUGGCCCCUUUAUCAUCUAUGAUGAAUUCUGAAGGGCCACUCUCCCAAGAAGGAAAACUACAGGAGCGCAAAAGCGCGGACAAAGAGGAUGCUCAAUCCAACGAUAAAGCGGCUGUCAAAGGAUGUAAAGGCAAAGCGCUGAGUCUCCCGUUCAGUGUGGAAUCUUUAAUAUCAGACAGAACAAGCUCACGGACUUUAUACACGUCUUCUGAAGCUGGUAUUAUAUCUCCGACAUCCGGUGCGGAUGAGCGGCUGAAGCUCUCGCCCAUGGCUCUUUACGCAGAUAGGAAGAUCCCAGUGGAGAGCGUCUCCAACCUCUCCGACUGCAAGAGAGGGGAUAUGGAAGAACUAAGUGACAAGGGACAGUCCGGCUGGUUUCAGACAACCUCGUACACUUCUCCGCCAAGGCAUUCAAGUCCACCCCCCUGUACCCUCAGAAAGCACAAGAACAACCGAAAACCGCGGACCCCGUUUACCACCUCGCAGUUGCUCGCUUUGGAGAGAAAAUUUCGUCAAAAACAGUAUCUUUCUAUUGCAGAGAGAGCGGAAUUUUCCAAUUCACUCAACCUCACAGAGACUCAAGUUAAAAUCUGGUUUCAAAACAGACGGGCGAAGGCAAAAAGACUCCAGGAGGCCGAACUAGAGAAACUGAAACUUGCAACCAAGCCGUUAUUACCUGCGUUCGCCUUUCCGUUCCCACUCGGAACACAUGUUGGUUCUCCACCACUCUACGGACCGUCCAGCUCCUUUCCCAGACCUGCCUUACCAGUCCCGGGACUUUUCGGUGGGCCAGUGACCUACGGAAUGUAUUAUUUGUCUUAACAGACUGAAGCACGUCCUUCAAUUCACCGUCUGUAACUGCUGCAAUUCUGCCAGUCAAAAGACGUGUGAAAUUGCAAAUAUGUUUCCUUUAUAGAACUUAAGCAAAUGCAAAAAUUUAAAAUAAAUUAUUUUUGUAAUCCACACGGUUUAUUCCAAAAGUAAUAGUACCCAAAUUGGUUUUAAAAGUGCAAUGAAUAUUCCCCUUAAUACAGAAGACUUUAUGCUGUAUUAUACAAGUAUAGCCUACAGACACACCGCUAUGUGAAUAAUUGUCUUAGUCUCAGAGAAAAUAUUUCCAGUAGAUUAUUUCAAGGGCACAGCCGAUCUAGAAAGUUUCUAGAGCAGCAUCAUUUGUUGAUGUGUGAUGCGAAAAUAAACUCCUGGUUUGUGCCAGUUCCAAAAAGCUCUUAAAGAAGACCUUAUAAUUACUAUUUUUUUUUAAAUUAAAGUGCUUGUUUCGACUGGCAGCAGAAUAGGCCUAUACCGUAAAAAUAAAAGUUUUACUGUGUCAUUGCUACUUUCCAUAGGUCUGCCCUAAUUGGGGCCUAAAUGGAUUGUAAGAGCCUUUUUUAAAUUAAUCCAUGUAUUUUCACUCAAACCAAAUAUUUUGUAGAAUAUUACAAAGAUUGUGCUCAGAUAUCAAAAUUAGCAAAUUCUCUACUGCCAAUCUGGUUACUUGUUUUUAUUUCUGCCCGCUAUUAGUUUCAGAUAUUCGAUUUGUUAUUUGGUUGGUCUUUAUUGAAUAUGAUCAACGAGAAACAGCAUCUUCAAUUACUCUAUACUUUUUCUUCCCAAACCUUUUGGGACACAGAGUAUUUUGGCCUGUGUUUUUUGAUUUUCGCCUGUUUAGCCAUAAUCCCUUCAGUAGACUACAUGUAUGCUAGUUUGCUAGGUUGUAAGAAUAAUGUCUAGAUUUUUUUAUUAUUGUAAAUACACGUAUAUAUUACAGAUUUUGCAUUCCCUUUGAACAAAAAUACAAACAGAAUUGCUGAUAUUUAUACACUGUUUACAUUUAUCUUCUGUAAAUUAUUGUAUAUUUUAUAUGUAUAUACAAAUUAGAAAUAAUCUUUUGCAUUAAAAUAAAUCUUCACAGAAA